AUGGAUGGAGAGACGGAACAGGCCAAAUCCACUCGCGUGGGGUACAAAAAGUCCCGAAAUGGCUGCAUACGUUGCAAGAAGCGACGAGUCAAGUGUGACGAAGAGGUCCCUUGUUCUGCAUGCGUCAGGCACAGAGUCCGAUGUAGCUUGGAGCUUGUCAAGUCGGAUGACUACCAAGAACAAAAACCUCUAACCAAUCGCUCCCUCCAAACACCCAGCCAUAGCAUCCCAGCUGGAAGUCCAGCAUCUCUAUUAUCCGGCUCUUUAUUCUCAAGUCCUCUCGAUCAACCUGACUGCUGGGUAUCUACUGCCGAACUCAUGCUUCACUACACCACCGUCACGUACAAAACCAUGGUCUUCAACGAGAGAACCAUCCCGACCUUUCAGCAAUCAGUGCCCCAAGUCGCUCUAGCAUAUCCCUGGUUUCUUCGACAAGUAUUGGCUUUCUCAGGCUAUCAUCUCGCUCACCUCCAUCCCGAAAAGAGACAUUCCUACCUCCUGCAAGCAUCAAAACACCAGAAUGCUUCUCUACGUGGACUCAGAGAAGCGCUCUCCGAACCAGUCACUUCAUCGAACUGCCACGCCUUAUACGCCAGCACGACAUUUAUAGUAGUCAACAAAUUCGCUGCGUUUCCGAACUGCGACGACUUUCGAAGUCACGGGUGCUCUCAACCUGUUCAGAGUCUCAUGGAGAUCUUUUCCCUCGUCAACGGCAUGGAGGCUGUCCUUCAUUCGCCAGGAGCCGCAGAUCUCAGAAACGGUCCUCUGAAAGAGCUUUUCUGCGAAACACCACAUCCACACGUUAACAGCUACCUUCUUCGCGGUCUUCAUGCCAGAUUACCCGAGCUUGCACGACGCAUAGCAUCAGACUCGAUGGAGGACCAGUCCAGAGCUGUGCUGACUUCCGCCGUCGUAUCCAUCACUGGUUGCGUCGAUGACGCGUUUUCAAAUCUGUACAAAGUAUCACCGCCAGAGCUUAGGGUCAUCUUCUCGUGGCCCAUGUCCGUGCCGCGAGAUUUCUUGGAUCUGGCCGUGUCGGGACAUCCGUUGGCUCUUAUCAUUCUUGCGUACUACGAUAUUCUACUGUACUGGGGCGAAACGGAGUAUUGGUUCUUUGAGAACUGGGCAGAGGCGUUGAUCACUGCCAUUGUGGAAAAGGUGAAGGGUUCACCAUGGGAUGAUCUUCUCAAUUGGCCAGUCGAAGUUAUUAUACACCACUAA